AAUCCUUGAUUAAUAAAAGAAACAAAUAAAGAAAAAAAGAGGGAAAAACAAAAAAUAAACGAAAAAUAAAAAAUAAGUACCAGUGCCCCUAUGAUUUAGAAAAUGGGCAUUACUGAUCAGAUAUAUGAGUACAAUGUUUUAAAAUUACACGGAGCUUUAGAAAUGAAUUUUGAAGAUAAAUAGGAUUGAAGUCAUUUUUCUAUGGUGGUAGUCGUGCUAUUUGGCCUCCAAACUUCACUACAAUCUGGAAAUUCUGCCAAAAUGGGUUGCUUGACUUGCUUCGGUUGUUUCAAGGGAGGAAUAAUCAAGAGGAAAGAAAAGGGACCAUCGGUUUCAGAUAAACUUCAUCCCCUUAAAGCCGCAUCGGAAGAUACAGAUAAAUUAGCUGAUUCAGCUCGUUCGAGAGCCGCAGAAGCUGCCCAGAAAAGACAAGAGGAAUUUGCAAAUACUCCGGCAGGAAAAGCUGCAAGAGCUCAGAUGGAAGCGAUCGCCAAGAAGUCUGCAAAUACUAACAGGGGAGAACCAGCUCUCAAGUGGCAAAUGGGGUGAUGCUUUCUCAUGCUAGCUUCUGCUGGAGUACAUGGAUGAACUCUUCCAGUAAACUACCGUCUUCGGCUUUUGGUUGAAUUUGCUAAUUUGGUUGGUGAUUUUUUCUGAAAAAAAAUUGCUUGUAAAUGAAAAGGUUGAAGUGAAAAAAAGAUGUCAUAUAUGUGUGUAAAAUUUCUUUUCUUUUUGGAUUACACAAGUGCAACAUAUACGGACUACUUUUUGGUAGCUUCAAUUGUAUAAAAAGGCUCCCACGUUAUGGGUAUUUGUAUAUGUUUUUUUACAAUCUUGGAGAUUUGUUCGUGUCUUGAUAAUCAGCAGAUUUGUUCAUGCCUUGAUAAUGCUGCAAAUGAUAUCCAGAACUACUUAGAAUCACCUAUUUCUUACCCGAAUCAAGAUGUGAGAAAUUA